GAAAAUGAUAAUAAAUGACCAUAAAAUACCUUGACAAUAAAAUAUAUCAUGUGACUUCUACACAAAUAUUACAUGGAGUGCAUAAAAAGUUUAAUUUUACUUGUUUUCACGUACAUAUGUAACAGUUUAAAAGAUUGACCAGCUAUCAGCAUCCUGGGCAAACCAUGGAAGAGCCAAAACUGGCAAACUCACAGGAGCUGCCCACUACAUCAUCCGGGGCAUCAUCCUCAAGCACAUUGCCCGAAAACGUGAGCUACGACAAGAUCGCCUGGACUCGGGAUAUUACAGAACCUUUGGCGGAAGAGUCCUCUACAAGUCAAUUGCGACCGCUUGGAACAUCAAUUCCAUGUGAUCCGCUGGCAGAAACUAAUACAUCCACUACAUCGUAUUCUUUUACGGGCGAUUACCUUUCUGGUGGCAAGAUUUCCGAUUUAAAGUCCGGAUAUACGUCAGCUGGCACUGAAAGUGCCACGAAAUCGACCGAAAAGGAAAAAGAAAAAGAGAAGGAGAAUGAUGAAUCGCUAUACGAGUGCAAUAUAUGCCUGGACACAGCCAAGGAUGCUGUGGUCAGCAUGUGCGGACAUCUGUUUUGCUGGCCAUGUUUACAUCAGUGGCUCUUGACACGACCCAAUCGCAAACUCUGUCCCGUUUGCAAGGCUGCUGUCGAUAAGGAUAAAGUUAUACCGCUCUACGGAAGGAAUAGUACACACCAGGAAGAUCCUCGAAAUAAAGUUCCACCACGACCCGCUGGUCAUCGUACAGAGCCAGAACCUGCUCCUGGAUUUCCUGGAUUCGGAUUCGGGGACGGUUUUAACAUGUCGUUUGGUAUUGGGGCUUUUCCUUUUGGUUUUAUAACAUUAUUAAAUUUUGGCGAACAGCGUCCUGCUGCUGCUAAUCGCGGUACAACGCAAUAUGAGAUCGAGACAACCCUUUCUAAGCUGUUUUUGUAUCUGUUCCUUUUGUACAUGGGUUGGCUGUUUUUUACAUAACAAUCUCCAAUUGCAUAAAAACAUCACACUGAUAUAAAGAACUUAUAUUCAAUUGUGCAUGGAAAGCGUCCGAAGUAAUCAUAUUGCAGUAUCCUCCAGUUAAAACAACAAGAUUUCUAAACAUGUUGGGUAAAUGUCGUUGGUGUAAUUAAUUAAUAUAAAUGUAAUACUUUUUGGUUAAAAUUCUGCUCUGAGAAUAUCUAAUGAAGAAAUCGAUUUGAAAUGUGAAAUCCAAAAUUGUUUUAAAAAAGUUCAGGAUGCCCUACGACGACUCUCAACAUUAAAAACUGAAAGCUUAGUCAUUUCUUCUGUUAGUUCUCGGAUCGCAUUGAUUUAAUUAAAAAGUAGUUGUCAAAAAUUGUAAAAAAAAUAUAUAUAAUAAACUCGAUUAAAAAGUGAA